UUUCUACCGCAUGUUGAAACUUCUGUCAGUCUACCUACGUCCAGCCACAACCAUCGACAAUGUCCUCUACGCUUGUACUUCCCGGGGAUCAAAUCCCUGUCCCCUCUACUUCAAGAAACCUCAUCAUCGGCCCCGGCAUUGCGGCAGCAGACAAUGCCUCCAACUCCUCUUCUGCCCCGACUCUAGUGGCCACCAGGCUCGGCAUGCUGCAUACUGGCAAAGGAAAGGAGAAGAGCCAGAAGGUCUGGAUAGAAGGAAACUCCAAGCGGUAUAUUCCGGCGCAGAAGGAUAUGGUGCUGGGCGUGAUCAUCGCUAGACAUUCUGAAGGGUACAGGGUGGAUCUUGGAUCAGCGCAGAUGGCUCAGCUAGAUGCUCUGUCAUUUGAAGGAGCGACGAAAAGAAGCAAACCGAAUUUAAAGGUCGGUACCCUGGUUUUUGCACGAGUCAUUUCUGCGAGCAGAGAUAUGGAACCCGAGCUCGAAUGUUUUGAUGCCAACACUGGUAAAUCUGAUGGGUUUGGAGAGUUGAAAGGCGGCGUGAUGAUCAACUGCACUCUGCAAUUAUGUCGCCAACUGCUCAACAGAAAUUACCCUCUCCUCCCGGCUAUUGCCUCUGCGUUCCCUUUUGAAAUCAGUAUCGGCCUGAACGGCCGGGUUUGGCUCAAGGCGGAGACAGUCAGUGAGGCGCUUGCUAUGAAGCGGGUAAUAGAGGGUGUGAACGACGGCGUUCUCGGGGUAGAGGAGGCGGCUGUCAAGGCGAAGAUACAAGAGUAUAUGGCUUAGACCAGCCGAUUCAUGACCAUGACUAUGCCGGGUGGUGUUUAUGUAUACUUUAUCAGCCCUACUGUUGAAACCCGUCCGGCACGACUCUCCAUAUGUUGUCCCAGUGCUGCUAUGCGAUGCCGG